AAACAUUACCAAAUAAAUAGCCUUUCGGUCCAGGUUCAAGCGUUCAACAAUUAACAACAAAGCCAACUCAUAAACUUCAACGCCGUUGUUUCCUGAAACUUCUCAAAACAUCAACAAAACCACCCCAAUUACGUUUCCACUAACCAAAAAGGAAAGCAUAAAUCAUCAAUUACGGUGCGGUGAAGGCAAUGCCGGAGACCGAAAACGCGGCGGAGAGCGGCGCCCUGUUCGGAAAAUACGAGGUGGGGAGACUCCUAGGAUGCGGGGCGUUCGCGAAGGUGUACCACGCGCGGAACACGGAAACGGGGCAGAGCGUGGCUGUGAAAGUGAUAAGCAAGAAGAAACUAAACUCCUCGGGUUUGGCCUCCAACGUGAAGCGCGAGAUCUCAAUCAUGAGCCGCCUCCGCCACCCCAACAUCGUCAAACUCCACGAAGUGUUGGCCACCAAAACCAAAAUCUACUUCGUCUUGGAGUUCGCCAAAGGCGGCGAGCUUUUUGCCAGAAUCGCCAAGGGCCGCUUCGGGGAGAAUCUCGCCAGGCGCUAUUUUCAGCAGCUUAUCUCCGCCGUGGGUUACUGCCACGCGCGCGGGGUUUUCCACCGCGACCUGAAGCCGGAGAAUCUCCUCGUGGACGAGAGCGGGAACCUUAAAGUCUCCGACUUUGGGCUGAGCGCGGUGAAGGAGCAAGUGGGGGUGGAUGGGUUGCUGCACACGCUUUGCGGGACCCCUGCUUACGUGGCGCCGGAGAUUUUAGGGAAGAAGGGUUACGAUGGGGCCAAGGUUGAUGUUUGGUCGUGUGGGAUUAUUCUCUUUGUGCUUGUCGCUGGCUACCUUCCGUUUAACGACCCCAAUUUGAUGGUCCUGUAUAGGAAGAUUUACAAAGGGGAGUUUCGGUGUCCGAGGUGGUUUUCGGUGGAGUUAAGGAUGCUAUUGGCCAAGUUGUUGGACACGAAUCCCGAGACGAGGGUAACCGUGGAUGGGAUCAUGAAGGACUCGUGGUUUAAGAAGGGGUAUAAGGAGGUUAAGUCUGAGGAUUCGAGUGUGAAGAGGGAUGCGGGUGAGGGAGAAAGUGAAAGUGAAAGGGUGAAGGAUUUGAAUGCGUUUGAUAUUAUUUUGUUUUCUUCCGGGUUGAAUCUCUCGGGUUUGUUUGAUUCUUCUUCGUGUGGGGAAGAGGGGGAGAGGUUUCUGCUUAGGGAGGCGCCGGAGAAGGUGGUGGAGACGGUGGCGGCGGCGGCGGCCGCGGAGGGGGUUGUUGUGCGGCGGAGGAAGGAGUUCGGGGUGGAGUUGGAGGGGUGUGGGGGUAAUUUCGCGGCUUUGGUGGAGGUUUACCGGUUACCGGGGGAGCUGGUGGUGGUGGAGGUGAAGAGGAGCGAUGGGGACGGUGCGGUUUUUAGGGAUGUGUGGAGGAAUAAGCUGAGGCCCUAUCUUUGUGCUGCGAGUAGCAGUACGACGUCGGAUCGGGAGGGGACUGGGGCGCAGCCGGUUGCCGGUUCAUCAUGAUUUUUUUAUUGGUUAAAUUGAAAUAAAAUUGAAAAGAUACGGGAAGUGAAAAUUGAAAGGUGUUGUGGGACACAUGUGUCAGGACUGAGGAUGCUACCUCAUAUUGUAUAUUUUUAUUAUGCUUAUAUGUAAAGUAUACUAUUCAAGUUUCGGUUUAUUUUUCUAAAUUAUUAUCUUUUUUGCA